AUGGCACCUCCGAAGCUCUCCUACGGACUGAACCUGCCCAACAAGAAACCACAACAACCCAACGGCCCGCCAGCCAAUCUGGCCGCAGGACAGAAGCGCAAGAAGACGAUAUUCGAUGAUUCAGACUCGGAGGGUGAACGGGACGAGAAACGGGAUGGCGAUGGCGGCGCCGUGGAGAUCACCACCCUGGGGGGUCUGGACGAUCAGUCCCCUCCUGCAGAGCAAAAACCCAAAGAACCGUCCAAAGAAGGGCCAUCAUCGACGACGACAAAACCUCCUGGCGGAAAGCCCAGCCUGAAACCGCCGAAGAACUCGAUAUUUGCCGACGAGGAUGACGAGAAAGAAGAGGAAGACGGCACGUCCGACAACGCACCAGCAAGAAAGAAGACGCCGCAGUUUACCGGCUCGAACAAGGACUACACCAACCUCGCCGCCAUGCACACGAGUAAUAAGUACGCGAAAGAGGCCGAGCAGAUCGAUCCCUCGAUCUACUCCUACGACGCCGUUUACGACAGCAUCAAGGCGAAGCGCGAGAAGAAACCCGCUGGCGGGGCAGGGGGCGAAAACGGCGGCGGAGGAGGAGGAGGAUCGCGCUACAUGGAAGCACUGCUCCGCAGCGCCGAGAUCCGGAAACGCGACCACCUGCGCGCGCGCGAUCGGAAGCUGGCGCGGGAGCGCGAGGCCGAGGGCGACGAGUACGCCGACACGGAGAAGUUCGUCACGGCGGCGUACCGCGCGCAGCAGGAGGAGAUACGGCGAAUGGAGGAAGAAGAAGCGCGGCGGGAGAAGGAGGAGGAAGAGCGACGGAAGCGCAACGGCGGCGCCGGCAUGGUGGACUUCUACCGCGACAUGCUUGCCCGGGGCGAGGCAGAGCACGGCGAGGCGAUGAAGGCUGCGCAGGAAGCAGUGCGGAAGGUGCAGGCGGGCGAAAUCGACGAGAAUGCCGCCGCAAAAGAAGAACCGGCGGAAAAGACCGAGGCGCAGAUCGCCGCCGAGCUCAAUGCCAAGGGCGCCAACAUCAUCCUCAACGACGAAGGCCAGGUGGUCGACAAGCGCCAGCUGCUAUCGGCCGGUCUCAACGUCGCGCCAAAAGCCAAAGCCAAAGCUUCUGCUACUCCUACUCCUGCUGCCGCAUCGUCUCGCCCCGGAGCCAGACCAGCGGCAGACGCAGCAGCCGCGCGCAAGGCCCAACGCGCGCGCCAGACGGAGCUGCUCGCCGCGCAGCUGGAAGAGCGGGCGCGACAGGCAGAAGAAGCGGAGGCAGCGCGCCAGCGAGAGCUGGCAGAGCGCAGCCGCAGCAAGAAGACCGAGGCCGACGUCGCCAGUGCGCGCGAGCGGUAUCUGGCGCGGAAACGGGAGCGCGAGGCUCAAGCGAAGGCGGCAGGAAGUUGA